GCCACAGUCAGUGCUGGCCUCAGCUGAGUACACUACAGUUCCAGGCCUGAAUCUGAGAAUUAUCAGCUUUAAAUCAGCAAGAAGACGCGUAUAUCCCCUCCACAGCUCAUCUUAGAUCACUAAUCAGAGCUGUGAAGAAGAGCUAAUUUGACUUUCAGAGAAGCUCAAGAAGAGAGUUGAGACAGACAGAGGAGGGCGUGACAAGAGAGCCAGCCGAGCAGGCAAACUGCUGCUGCAAGGGGAGGAAGAGCAGGCAAUGCACCAGCCAAAGCCAGAGGUCAAGAAAAAAAGUGAAAGAAUAGUGAAAAGGUAGACUCUAAGUGAGAGGAGGGUCAUUUGUGAUCUGAGCCAGAAAAACAGAAACCAGCCUCUCUUUGUUUGUUGCCACUGAGCGAGGAAGAGGAUGUGAAGGAGUGCAGCAGGGAGGAAGGGAGGCAACUGCAAGAAAGACCAGAAAAUGCUCUCAUUGAUGAUGAGCAGGAAGAGCUGCCAGCAGCAGCAGGAGGAGGAGGAUGGAAAAGGGGCUCCGCAGAAGGACCCCUCCAGCCGGAGGAGGCACGGCUGGUCCAAGAGCUGUAGGGGGCGCCAGCAGGGGAGGCGGACAGGAGGGGGAGGUUGGCCGAGAGGGCGCAAUCAUCUCCACCACAACCCUCAACGUCAUCAUCCCUUUUUCAAUCAGCCCCGACACCUCCACAGGCCGGUGACGUCCCUCCGGCCCGUCUACGUGAAAGGUAACAGAGCGAAGGGGAUGCGGGCCCCAAAGAAUACCAACCAGUUUCUGAUGCACGAGAAGUAUCAGAUGCUGCACAUGCGCUCCGACUCGGUGGGGAGCGACAGCGGCAGCAGCUCCGACAGCGACGUGGAGCUCACCGACAUGGACUCGUACCUGGGCGUCCUGGAGAAUGCCAGAGGAGCCCUUUUAGACAGUCCCAACCCACACCACUCAGCGACGCCACCAGGACAGAUCGUGGUACUGCACGAGGACAGUCUGCGUCUGCAGGAGGACAGUCUGCGUCUGCAGGAGGACAGCAUGCCGUAUUUCCCCUCUGAGGACGACCUGAUGCAGAGUCAGAACUUCAUGCAGAGGGACUUUGUUGAGUUCUGUGACAUCCUGACGAACUGAAGGGAAACUUUCAGGGAGCCAUUUUGUCCUCAGCAGUGUUAACAUCAAACCUCAGACUGAACGGGGUCAGGUUUGUCCUGCUUCAUGUUCACAGACACUAAAUCUCUAUCUUUUCAUGUAGCCUUAAAGUCUUAAGAAUGUGCCAGCAAGGUGAGAUGGUUUCACACAAGUUCCCUGCUCAAAAUAUAUUUUUUAAACAUUUUUUUAAAAAAAACGAGUUAGAUUUGAUCAACACUGUGAUCUUUUGUCACGUUGUCAUUACUGAUGAUACUGACACUGAUGUCAGGAAAACAAGGGGAACUGCACAGAGAAAAGGAGAAAUAAUCUCACCCUGUUUGUAUCUUUUAAGGUUUAAGAUAAAAACUGAAUGUGAGAUUAAAUAAAAUGUUGGGGUUUUUUUUACAUCAUGUUUGGUCAUGUACAGUGCGUAUGGGUGCUGUAAAGUGCUGCUUUUCUGUUGUUGUUGGUGUUGCACACAAAGGGAGAUUGGCUGGGUGGUGGGAGUGAGCCCGGACAGCCAAUCAGCAUCAAGCUGCCUGUAUUAGGCCGCAGAUGAUUGGGCGAUGCCAAAUGUCCUUAUCAAGAAAAAGCCCUUAACUGUACAGAAUAAAAAACAUUAAAAACACACAAAUAAAUAUCUGUUUGUUGUAAAA